CUUAAUUAUACUCGCAGCUCACUUGUUUUGUUAGACAAAUUUGUUAUUUACACGGACCGUAUUAAAAUAAGAAAAACCCACCUAUACACCUUAUUUUUGGAACUAGUCUUAAAACGAAAACAUCUAAGUCUAAGUUUGUGUUAAAGACAAUGAAAAAAGCCUGUUGGAAGGUGAAUGAUGAACCGUCAUUUCCAUCGGAGAAAUGGAUAAACAUGCAUGAUGAUUGCGCAACUGAUGAUACAGCGGUGUACAUUGAUUUGGACAAUGAGGACGAAGAUGAAACAGACGGAGAAAUUUGCAAUUCCGCCUGGUCGCAACUUCCCGAUAUACUCUUGGGGAAAAUCUUUUCCUACCUGUCAAUCAGGCAAAAAUACUACUGCAGUCUAGUGUGUCGCGGAUGGUAUCGCGCAUUUUACUUGCCCGAAGUUUGGGCCCAGUUCGUACUGGAAGACUCCACGUUGACCCGUGGAAGAUUUAAUUAUUACUCGGGGUGGCAGUAUGUUUUAGAUCAUCUGCGGACACAAGCUUGUCUUGCACAAGUAGGUAAAUACUUCAAACAUCUGACGUUGGAUCCAAUGCUCAACUUUUACAAUCUCUACGAAUUCAUGAACAUGAUAUCGUGGUACACAGAACAAAAAGCGCGAGAUAUUGUUAAAAGUGGGGUGGGAACAAACGUGCGAAGCUUAAAAUUCACUUUCCCAUGCAAUAUGGCCAACAGAGACGAAACGGAGCGCAUACGUCUGUUUGGGACCGGAGGAAAACUGCUUGACGCCCUCAAGCGCCUCAUGAGCAACUUAAGAAAACUGAAAAAAAUUGAACUCAUAGACCUGAUGCUCGAUCCCCAAGAAGCCCAGUAUUUACUAGACGGUGUUUGCGAAACUUGCUAUCUCACCCUACAAUCGAUAGUCCUAGUGAACACCACGAGAGUGCAGUACCAAAUCUUGCACGUCGGCAUUUUUUUAAACCUACAGGUGCUAGUAAUUAGUCCGCAAAACUUGGGGGAAGACAUGGUGGAGUUGCUCGGUUACACUAAAUUGAGGCACCUCCACAUUUUCCAAAAUCGCUACACACCGAGCGACUUUACAAUUAAACCUGUCCCGGCGAAAAUAUGGAAGAACUGUCACAGGAACAAUCCGAAGUUGUGCAUCCAUUUAGAGUUACAGUGCAAUAAAGAUCGGCAACUAAUAUGGCAGGAUGGCGCACCUGUAAAGUCAAUCUUGUACGAUUCGCCUCACACUACCCAAACCUUGCAGCUGAUCAAUGCUGUAGAACUGUACCGGAAGACUUUAACCAUAUACGGUCACAAGAAUCGCCCCAGAUACUAUCGGUCUAAGUCGUUCCACGAGAGGAUCGACUGCACGUUACUGCUCCUCUGUCGACAGUGCACUUCUUUGAAAGUUCUGAUCAUCAACGAGCGGGUUUCGACGGCAACGUUACUGCUCAUCGCCUUCACGGCGAGAAACUUGCGUUACUUGCACGUGCGAAGUAAUGCGGUGAUUAAACGUUGCGAUUGGUCCCAAAAUUCCGAAUGGGAAGACGAGCUUUAUAUCUGGUUGAAGACAAACAGCAGGUCUUUUGAGGCUGUCGAGAAGGAGAUUUCUCAAAUAUUAGGCUACAAGUGGAAAAUGUUAACCGACAAACAAUUUAACAAUUUAAACAUUAACUUGCACGAUGAUAACGUUUUGUAAACUUUAAGCUAUACUGCAAUUGUGAUAAUUUCUGUAUAAUAUUCGUCUUUGUAAUAAAAUAACCAAAACCAAAAAAUCCAGCGAAAGAGUUGAAAAAUA